AUGACGUCACAACAAGCCCCGCCCCCGGCAGGCUCCGCCCCUGGCGUUGCCGGGACGCACAGGCGCAGCUCAGUCCUGUUCUGGACGCGGAGCGGAGCGGACGGCGAAGGCGAGGGGAGGAGUCAGUGGGCCGAGCCGAGCGCGAGCGACCGCAGCGAAGGGCGGGACUUGAGGAGGAGGCGCGGGAAGCGUGUGUGGUGGUGGAGAGGGAGAGGCCGAGAGACCGGCGCGACCUCGAGGCGGUGGCACGUGCGGCGACACGCCAUGGCGGGCACGGCGAAGCCGAGGGAGCUGCUGAAAUCGCGGCGGGACGCGGGCAAGGCCGGGGCGCUGGGCCGGCUGCUGAGCACCUCGGCCACGAAGGUGCUGCUGCACAAGAUCGAGUUCCAGCCCGCCAGCCACGGCUUCUCCGGCCAGCCGGAGCUGCUGCGGGCCAAGUACCUGCUGCUCAACCCCCGCACCGAGCCCGCCGAGCACCCCCGCGGCGCUGAGGAGGGACAGCCGGGCAAGCAGGGCAGCGACCGGACCCCGGGGCGCCUCGGGGACGGCGUCCCUGCGCCCCAGAAGGGGCUGUUCCCUGCAGGGCGCCUCGCCAUGCAGUGGCAGCGUGUCCAGCGCAUCGGCGCCGGGCUGCUCAACCUGGGAAACACCUGUUUCCUCAACGCCACCCUGCAGUGCCUCACGUACACGCCACCGCUCGCCAACUACCUGCUGUCCAGGGAGCACAGCCGCACCUGUCACCAAAGCGGCUUCUGCGUGACAUGCGUCAUGCAGAACCACGUCACGCAGGCGUUCGCGAACAGCGGCAGCGUGAUAAAGCCAGUGUCCUUUGUCCGAGACCUCAAGAAGAUCGCCCCGCACAUCCGCUUCGGCAGGCAAGAGGACGCACACGAGUUCCUCCGUUUCACCAUCGAUGCCAUGCAGAAGGCCUGCCUGCCCGACUGCACCGAGUUGGAUCGCCAGACCCAAGCCACCACCCUGAUCCACCAGAUCUUUGGCGGUUCCCUGCGGUCCCGUGUGAAGUGCUCGAUGUGCAAAGCAGUCUCGGACACCUUUGACCCCUGUCUGGACCUGCCGGUGGAGAUCACGCAAGCCGCAAACGUAGAGCAGGCACUGGAGCUGUUUGUGAAGCCAGACCUGCUGGGCGGAGAGAACGCCUACCUGUGUGACAAAUGCAAGAAGAAAGUGUCGGCAACCAAACGCUUCACCAUCCACCGAGCGCCCAGGGUUCUCACGCUUGCUUUGAAGCGUUUUGCCGACUUCACCGGAGGCAAGAUCACAAAGGACGUGGUCUACCCUGAGGUCCUGAACAUCCGCCCGUACAUGUCCCAGACCAGCGGGGAUCCGGUCAUGUACGGGCUCUACGCGGUGCUGGUGCACUCGGGGUACAGCAGCCACGCAGGACACUACUACUGCUACGUGAAGGCCAGCGACAGGCAGUGGUACCAAAUGAAUGACAACGUGGUCCGCCCCAGUAACAUCAAGGUGGUCCUUAACCAGCAGGCGUAUGUGCUGUUCUACCUCAGGAUCCCCAGCCCCGGGAAGAGCUCAGAGGGUCCCGUUUCCAAAGCUGCCUCCAGCCUGCCUGGCCGUGUCAAGCUGCCUUCUGGGUCACCGUCACCCAAGCUGGCCCUGAAAGCCAAACGCGCGGCUGCAGCAUUUCCCGGUGACGCAGCCCAGAGGCCCAAGAAGCCGCGCUCCUCGCAGCCGCCACCCGCGCCCAGAGCGGCUCCAGGACUUUGUGGCCCCAGUCACACCAGUGGGGCCAAAGCGCAGGUUCCCCGGAAGCGCUGCUGGGAGCCCGGGCCCCUGCCCGCCUCCCCCGGGCUGCCGGAGCCAAUCCCUGGCCAGGAGCCGUGGAGCAGCGGGGAGAACACCGGGACACCGGCAAGGGACCCUCGCAGCAGGGCUUCUGCCAGCCUGGUGCUGGCAAAGCUGAAAGCCUUCUUGUCGGCCAGGGCUGCUCCGCAGCCCAGCAGCACCAUGUCACCACCACCGGCCAAGAAGCUGGCGCUUUCCGACACAUAG